UCAGCUCCACGCCUCGCUCUGCACUCUGCUGCGGUCAGGGUGAAGGUCAGGGAGAAGGUCAGGGUGGGCCGCGGUACAGCUAUAAAAAUCCACCACAACGGACCACCAACACACUCACUACAGCAAACAGGUGUGAUGAUGAAGGCUCUGCAGGUGUUCUCUUUGGCUCUGCUGUCCGUGUUAGCGGUCAGUGGCAGGAUGUUCCACUCCGGCCGUUGUCCCACUCCACCUGUCCAGCAGAACUUCGACCCGACCCAGUACGUAGGCCGGUGGUACGAGAUCCAGAAACUUCCCAACGCCUUCCAGAAGGGCGAGUGCGCUCAGGCCACGUACACCCUGCAGGACGGAGUCGUACUGGUGCUGAACCAGGAGCUUCUGGCUGAUGGGACGGUCAGCAGUAUUGAAGGAACAGCCAAACCUAAAGAUCCAUCAGAGCCGGCCAAGCUGGAGGUCAGCUUCUUUGAAGGAGUUCCUCCUGGUAAUUACUGGGUUUUGUCCACGGAUUAUGAGAACUAUUCCCUGGUGUUCGGCUGCUCUGACUAUCUGGGGCUCUUCCAUGUGGAGUUUGCGUGGAUCCUGAGCCGGAGCCGCUCGCUCCCCAAAGAGACCCUCUCAGAGCUGCAGGACAUCCUCACCUCCAACGGCAUCAACAUCGACACGCUGACCUCCACUGACCAGGACCCGGGGCGCUGCAGCAGCAUGCCUCAGUAAACCUGGACCCAGUGCUGCGCUUAACCCUGUAAACCGCAGACUUAUUAUUAUUUACUUAUUUAUCUUAAAGCUUAUUAUAAAUUAUCCAGCAAUUACUGUGAAUUGUGUAAAGAUUACUGAAAUGUUCCGAGUGAGGAACUGAGCCCACGUACAGACCCUCAGAGUUUAAGGAUUCAGUACCUUCCUCUGAUGGUACGUGUUCAUGCGAUUUGAGUUCAUUAGUGUCCAGUGGAAAUGUUCCUUUGCGUUUCUUCUCUCAUUCACUGUUAAUUCAUUAAAUAAAAACUUAAAAUACCAAACUAAAUAAUG